AUGAAGUUACUCAAGUACUUGUUUUUUGCGAUUCUGUUGGUUUCUUUUAUACCGCGGGAUAUCCUAGCAGCUGAUACGCCUCCUGGCGAUACACUUCCUGAUGAUACACCUCCUGGUGAUACACCUCCUGGCGAUACACCUCCUGGCGAUACACCUCCUGGCGAUACACCUCCUGGCGAUACACCUCCUGGCGAUACACCUCCUGGUGAUACACCUCCUGGCGAUACACCUCCUGCUGAUACGCCUCCUGCUGGUACUCCUCCAGCUGAUACCCCUCCUGCUGAUACUCCUCCUGCCGAUACUCCUCCAGCUGACACUCCCCCCGCUGGCACUCCACCCGCUGGCACUCCACCCGCUGGCACUCCCCCCGCUGAAACUACCACAGCAGCUCCCGGUGGUGAGGCCCGCUACUACUACAAGGAGGCCCGCUACUACUACAAGGAGGCCCGCUACUACUACAAGGAGGCCCGCUACUACUACAAGGAGGCCCGCUACUACUACAAGGAGGCCCGCUGCCAAUAA